AUGAAAUCCGAUUUCAAGCUUUCGAAUUUGGUCGGAACGGUUUACAGGGAAGGCAAUCUCGUCUUCACCGAUGACGGAACCAAACUUAUAUCUCCUGUUGGCAACAGAGUCUCGUCCUUUGACUUGAUCAACAGCAGAUCUUUCACCUUCAACUACCAGCAUCGCAAGAACAUCGCCAGAAUUGCAUUGAAUAAGCAGGGUACGUUGAUGAUCUCUGUGGACGAGGAUGGCAGAGCGAUUCUUGUGAACUUUGUUUCUCGUGUUGUUUUGCAUCAUUUCAACUUUAAGGGAACGGUUAGAGAUAUCAAGUUCAGUGACGAUGGCCACUACUUCGCUGUGGCUGUUGAUAGGUUUGUGCAACUAUGGAAAACUCCAGAUUUCACUGAAGAUAGACAGUUUGCUCCGUUUGUCAGACACAGAAACUACGCUGCCCACUAUAACGACGUGCUUUCCGUCACUUGGUCGCCAGAUCUGCGAUUCGUGCUUUCCACUUCCAAGGAUCUUUCCGCUAGAGUGUUCUCUGUUGAUAGCGAAGAUAAAGCAGCUGCAUCUGUUCUUCAUGGCCACCGUGACUACGUUAUCCUGGCUUUCUUCAAUUCCACACAAGAGAUCAUCUACACUGUUUCUAAGGAUGGUGCAUUGAACCAGUUUGAAUAUGUCGAGGAAGACGAAAGUGAAAAUGAUAUGGAGGAUGAAGAAAAUGGCAACAGGCUGGAAGAAAAGGAAGAUUCAGGAAGAUGGCGCAUAACCUCGAAGAACUUCUUCCGUGUUGAAGGUAAUGUGCGUUGCGCUGCCUUCCACGCUCCUUCCAACAUGUUGGUUGUGGGAUUCACCACAGGUGAGUUCCGUCUUUACGAUCUUCCAGAGUUCUCUCUCAUUCAGCUGUUGUCCAUGGGUAAGAACGCAGUUGACACUGUUAGCAUCAACAAGAGCGGUGAGUGGUUUGCUUUUGGUUCUUCUAAGGCUGGUCAGCUUCUUGUUUACGAAUGGCAGAGUGAGUCUUAUAUUCUCAAGCAGCAGGGCCACUUUGACGCUAUGAACUGUUUGUGUUACUCUCCUGACGGUUCAAGAGUUGUUACUGCUUCUGAUGAUGGUAAGAUCAAAGUGUGGGAUAUCAACUCUGGUUUCUGUCUUAUGACUUUCACUGAACAUAUUGGCGGUGUCACUGCUGUCAGCUUUGCAAAGAAGGGUCAAGUGAUGUUCUCUGCUUCGCUAGACGGUACUGUGAGAGCAUGGGAUUUGAUCAGAUUCCGUAACUUCAGAACCUUUACUGCCCCAGAAAGAGUUCAAUUUACUAGUUUGGCUGUUGACCCAAGUGGAGAGGUUGUCGUUGCUGGAUCUCAAGAAGAGUUUGAAAUCUUCGUAUGGUCUGUUCAAACAGGUGCUCUUCUAGACUCUUUGGCUGGCCACGAGGGUCCUAUUUCUUGUCUUGCAUUUGGUGCCGAAGGCUCAGUUUUGGCAUCGAGUUCAUGGGACAAGACAAUCAGAGUCUGGAGUAUCUUCAGCAGGACCCAACUUUCAGAACCCAUUGAGAUGGAGCACGAUGUUUUGGCAUUGGCCAUGAGACCAGACGCCAAGGAAGUGGCUGUCAGUACCCUUAAUGGCUACAUUCUUACGCAUGACGUUGAACUGACAGACCAGACACAUUCGCUUGAUAUCAGAAAAGAUGUCUUUGCCGGACGUCACAUGAAUGACCGUUUUGAGCUGAAGAACAGUUCCAGAGCGAAGAACUUCACCACCAUUGCAUACUCUUUCGACGGCCAGGCCUUGGUCGCUGGAGGAAACAACAACAGCAUUUGUCUUUAUGAUAUUGCCGACGAGGUGUUAUUGAAACGUUUCGUUGUGUCUGAGAACAUGUCGCUUGAUGGAACACUCACCCAGCUUAACAGUUCUAAGAUCACUGACGCUGGUACUUCCAUUGAUGCCGUUGACGUCGCUGGUGAGAACUCAGACAGAGAAGACCGUAUUGAUACGUCGUUGCCUGGAUCUCACCGUGGUGAUCCUGGAGCCAGAAACUUGCGUCCACAAGUUCGUGUUACUGGUGUUCAGUUUUCGCCUACUGCUGGCUCUUUCGGUGCUGCUACUACCGAAGGAUUACUUGUCUACAGCACAGACCACACUGUUGAAUUUGAUCCUUUCGAUUUAGACAUGGAUGUUACGUAUGCCAAUGUUGUGGAGAGCAUUGACGAGAAAGAAUGGCUCCAUGCGCUUAUCAUGGCAUUCCGUUUGAACGAGCACCAUUUGAUUGAGCGCACGCUUGAGCUGGUUCCCGUCAAGGAUAUCCGUUUGGUAUGCGCUGACUUGCCACAUAUCUACGUUGGCAGACUCUUAGAGCAUCUUGGGCGUAAGAUGAAUUCUGGCGAAGGAGCACAGCAUAUUGAGUUUAACCUUAUUUGGGUGAAGGCCAUUCUUGACAGCCACGGACAGCAUAUCAGCGCCAAGAAGGCCGAAUUCGUGCUGGGCAUUCGUCUCGUACAAAGAUUUUUGAGCAGAGUUGCCAAAGAUGUGGUGAAUGUCAGCAAAAAGUCCGGAUACCUCUAUGGAUACUUGAAAGAGAACAAGCAAGAGGAGGAAGAAGCCGAAGAUGAGCUUGAUAUGGACGAAAUCAAAGUUGACGAAAGCGAAGGCGAGGAAGAAGAAGAUGAUGAUGACGAUAUGGAAGAGGAAGAAGAAGAAUGGCAAGGGUUCCAAGGAAAGUAA